UACAACAUACUACAUAAAUAGUGUAAAAGUAGAUCGAUAGGAUGGUGGUCAAACUUGUGUUUCUAAGAAAACAAAACGAACACUUUUUGUUUAACACUUUAAUCUAUUUCCGCUAGUAACCAAUUUUAAUUAAAGUAAAACACUUCAAGGUUAAUAGGUUAAUAAAUGGCAUCAAGAAAGUCUUCAUCUAAAACCUAUGAGUCAAAAAUAUUUUCUUUAAGUAAUAUUCCAGAUUCGUACAGUGAAGAGUUUAUCAAGGACUAUGUGGAAGGAGUUUUAGAUGUCGGAGUUUCAGAGGUUGAAAUAUGGCCGUACAUUCCAGGGCGAGCAUUAAUUAAGUUAGAUGAGGAUCUUGGAGACUUUAAAAAAGCAAAAAAAGCUUUGAAGCAUGAGAAGUUGGAAUCAAUGGAAGUUAGAUUGCUGCGGGUUUCAAGGCUGCCAGUGGUUCUUGUAAAAGAGCUGGAUGUAAAUAUUCUCUCUCUUGACUUCCUGAAUAUGUAUCUGGAGUUGGAAUUUGCUAAUGGAGAUGAAGUUAUUCAAAAGUCUUCUUCAUAUCCAGAAUUAGAAAUUGCAGUUGUUGAGUUUUGUCCAGAGCACAAAGCAGUUGUGGAUAAGAUCCUGUCAAAACGUGUCCAUGUACCGCUGCCAUCUGAAAACUACAAGAUCAAAAUUUUCCCUUUCUAUGAAAACUACCAUGACUUUAUUGAUCAAAAAUAUUUGGGAAAAACUACCUGAAGCUGUCAAAAUGAAAACCAAAAGCUAUUCAAAAUGUUAUCGUUGUCUUUAUAUUACAUUUCAAAUUAAAGAUCCUGCACUACUUUAAGAAACCUUUAAAUUUUAAAAAUAUAAAUUAUUUUGUUAUGCCUUCCUAUUAUUAAUAUAUG